AUGCACAUUACGUCGGUAGUCCUCGCCCUGGCGGCCGCAGGCGCUUACGCCGCUCCAGCACCUGCUGCAGAGGCUUCUCCUUGGUGCUGGCAGCCUGGCCAACCUUGCUGGAAGGUCAAAAGAGUUGCCGAAGCCUUCUCGGAGUCGAUACAGUCUUCCGGCGCACUCAAAGAACGCACCCCCGAAGCCGAAUACAGCAACUCUCCUGGCGGAGCCGCGUAUAAGAUCAAGAGAUCCCUAAAUGAGCUCGCCCACGUUGCCUCAUUGACUGCCCGCGAGCCUGCCGAAUACUACCGCGACUUGGGGCUCGAGACUAGGUUCGCCGCUGACGAAGGACUCGACAAGAGAGAGGCUGUCGCGGAGCCAUGGUGCUGGCAGCCUGGUCAGCCUUGCUGGAAGAGAGACGCCAGCAACGACCCAGUUCCCAUGAAAGACAAGCGUUGGUGCUACCGGCCUGGGCAACCCUGCUGGAAGGCCAAGAGAGCUGCUGAAGCCGUCAUCAGCGAAAUUCGUGACAUCUCAAAGAGGGACGAGGGGGGCGACGCUCCCUUCAACCCCGGCAACCAAGGCGGCCACUUCCCUGACGUCUGCAACGGUCCCAAUAUCUUGUGCUGGAAGAAGAAGCGUGAGGCGAGCCCUGAAGCCAGCCCUGACGCCAACGCCGAGCCUUGGUGCUGGAGGCCAGGUCAGCCAUGCUGGAAAGCCAAGCGUGAUCUUCACGCUCUUCAUUUUGCCGCCCGCAACGUUGUAGAAUCUCUUGAAUGA